AUGAGUUCGUUCGGCUACGACCCGUACUUUUCGACCUCCUACAAGCGGCGCUACGUGGAGACGCCCCGGGUGCACAUCUCCAGCGUGCGCAGCGGCUACAGCACGGCGCGCUCCGCGUACUCUAGCUACUCCGCGCCGGUCUCCUCCUCGCUGUCCGUGCGCCGCAGCUACUCGUCCAGCUCCGGCUCUUUGAUGCCCAGCUUGGAGAACCUCGACCUGAGCCAGGUAGCCGCCAUCAGCAACGACCUCAAGUCGAUCCGCACGCAGGAGAAGGCACAGCUCCAGGACCUCAACGAUCGCUUCGCUAGCUUCAUCGAGCGCGUGCACGAGCUGGAGCAGCAGAACAAGGUCCUGGAAGCCGAGCUGUUGGUGCUGCGCCAGAAACACUCCGAACCGUCCCGCUUCCGCGCCCUGUACGAGCAGGAGAUCCGCGAUCUGCGGCUGGCGGCGGAAGACGCCACCAACGAGAAGCAGGCACUGCAGGGCGAGCGCGAGGGGCUGGAGGAGACUCUGCGCAACCUGCAGGCGCGCUACGAGGAGGAGGUGCUGAGCCGCGAGGACGCCGAGGGCCGGCUGAUGGAAGCGCGCAAAGGCGCCGAUGAGGCCGCGCUCGCCCGCGCCGAGCUGGAGAAGCGCAUCGACAGCCUGAUGGACGAGAUCGCCUUCCUGAAGAAGGUGCACGAAGAGGAGAUCGCCGAGCUGCAGGCUCAGAUCCAGUAUGCGCAGAUCUCCGUGGAGAUGGACGUGUCCUCCAAGCCCGACCUCUCCGCCGCCCUCAAGGACAUCCGCGCUCAGUAUGAGAAGCUGGCCGCCAAGAACAUGCAGAACGCCGAAGAGUGGUUCAAGAGCCGCUUCACCGUGCUGACCGAGAGCGCCGCCAAGAACACCGAUGCUGUGCGCGCUGCCAAGGACGAGGUGUCCGAAAGCCGCCGCCUGCUCAAGGCUAAGACCCUGGAGAUCGAAGCAUGCCGGGGUAUGAACGAAGCUCUGGAGAAGCAGCUGCAGGAGUUGGAAGACAAGCAGAACGCGGACAUCAGCGCCAUGCAGGACACAAUCAACAAAUUGGAGAAUGAAUUGAGAAGCACGAAGAGCGAGAUGGCGAGGUACCUGAAGGAGUACCAGGACCUCCUCAACGUGAAGAUGGCCUUGGACAUUGAGAUUGCAGCUUACAGGAAACUCUUGGAAGGCGAAGAGACCCGGCUCAGUUUCACCAGCGUGGGCAGCAUAGCCAGCGGCUACUCCCAGAGCUCGCAGAUCUUUGGCCGCUCUGCCUACAGUGGCUUGCAGAGCAGCUCCUACUUGAUGUCCGCUCGCUCGUUCCCAGCCUACUACACCAGCCACGUUCAGGAAGAGCAGACGGAGGUGGAGGAGACCAUUGAGGCCGUCAAAGCUGAGGAGGCCAAGGAUGAGCCCCCUUCUGAGGGAGAAGCAGAAGAGGAGGAGAAGGAGAAGGAGGAGGGAGAGGAAGAGGAAGGCGCUGAGGAGGAAGAAGCUGCCAAGGACGAGUCUGAAGACACGAAAGAAGAAGAAGGUGGUGAGGGUGAAGAGGAAGACACCAAAGAAUCUGAAGAGGAGGAGAAGAAAGAAGAAAGUGCUGGGGAGGAGCAAGCAGCCAAGAAGAAAGAUUGAGCCCUGUUCCCAACUACUCCAGGAAAAAAAAAAAAUCUCCCCAAAUCAGGUCAACCUCAUCACCAACCAACCAGUUGAGUUCCA